UGGUGCUCAGUGUUCCUGAUGGGAUCAGGCUGAAGCUAGACCCCACUCAAGACCACACUCUAGCUCAACUUCAGCCUUCUACCCUGCCCUGCUUCCCUCCCUCCCUUCUCCUGAGAGCACUUCCUCAAUAAACCACUCCAACAGGAAUGCUCAUCGUAGACUCUGCUUCUAGGGAACCUGACCCAUGACAUCCUACGUUAGCUUCAUGAGGGACUAAAUUGUUAAUUCCCCUAGAACAAAUUCUGGUCUCAGACUCUGAUGACCCCCACCCCACAGGAAUGCUAGCUUAAUGAAGGAAUAUCUUCCUUAAUUCCUUAAAACAGUGCCUGCAGUAUAGUAAGUGCUCAAUAAUCACACUGAAUGCAGGCAGGCGAGAGCCCAAGGUCUGUUUCACAGCUCAGCAACUGACACCCCUUCUGUUCUGGGUUGGCCUGGCUUGGAGGCAUUGUGAGUCACAGCAGGUAAACAGGAGUUGAGGCUGAGAUGGGGCCAGGUCUGGACAGCAGCUUGGCACCUCCACAUCUUCCAGCAGCGCCCCUGGCUCGCCUUCAUCAUUCAGGACACCGGGGCUCGAGACAAGGGUGCAGCCCGGGUCGCCGGCGUCCCCGCGGCUCCCCUCCCGGCACCUGCGCGCCCCGCGAGGCCCACCCGGCCCUCACCCUGGCAGCCUUCGAGUGCCUGGCUGCGAGCCAGGCCGGCGGCCUGUGGGAGCAGCUGCGGCGGUUCUGGGCCGACCACUGCUCCCGGCGCUUCUCGCCGCGGCGGCCGCCGCUGCGCCGCAUCUCCUCCAUGUCCACCUUCUACAUGCUGGACCACCGGACGCGCCAGGCCGAGCUCGGCCUCAGCUACGGCGCGCCGCGCACGCGCCUCGCCGACGAGGCCUUCGUGUUCCACGGCGGCCGCUGGGUCCCGGAGGGCGAGCUGGCGCGGGCGCGGCCGCCGCUGCGCUCGCCGACCAUGGCGGGCUGGAAGGCGCAGGUGCAGCGGGUCAAGAGCCAGGUGCUGCUGGAGGAAAACAACUACCUGAAGCUGCAGCAGGAACUGCUCAUGGACAUGCUGACCGAGACCACGGCGCGCAUGCACCUGCUGGAGAAGAAGCUCAACCCCGAGCUCAGCCCGGCCGCCGCGGCGCGCGCCUGGCAGCGGAAGAUGCGCAAGCGCGAAGGCGCCGGCGGCGUGCUCAUGAUCGAGCCGCGCGCCCUGGAGUCGCGGUGACGCAAUAAAGCCCCGUCCGGGCUCGCGCGCCUCGCGCCUCCCGCGCUGGGA